AAUAAAGGAGGAAUGCAAGGGAGUGUACUUGAACAACACUGUUUAUAUAAAAGUAUAAUUAAAAACAUAAUUUAAAAAGAUCAUCUCUUUGAGUCCAGGUAAUUCGUGAAACCAUACAUUUCCUAUUAUAAUGAUAAAAAUAGAUAUUAGAAUAGUUAAUAGUGAAAAUAAAAAAAUAAAAGUAAAAAUGACAUGUGUAACUUGUGUAAGUCAAUACAUGUAAGAAAAAACAGUGUGAAAAACAAUUACAUUUUCCGUAAGUCCCUCAAGUGUGCAGGUUGAUGAGCGUGUGCUCAGUCAAAGUCAUUGAUCCCAGCAUCAGGCAGCAGAUCUACAGGGUCAACACUUUCCCACAUUCACACAGAGCUCUGCCAGUGUCUCUCCAUCACCCCCCAGUCCUCCACCUGUCCCCCUCAGAUCUAACCAUUGUCCCUCAGGCAUUAACAGCAUUCAGCGUGUUGCCGCUCCACAUGCCGCAUUGUCUCAACAAGCUCCCUGAUUGGCUGAGACUGUGAGAAACUCCAGUCAGACCCAAACCCACACAUUCAUAUGGAGAUGUGGGACUAUAAAUAGGAGGGAGGAAGCCAGCAGAGAUCAGAUUCUCUCCACAGAGACUCAGACAGCACAGACAUCCAGACAUGGCUCCUACAAUCACUGCAGCCAUCACCAACAACCAGGAGCAUCUGACUCUCAACCACAAGCUCAGAAAGCCUCUGGUGGAGAAGCUUCGCAGAGAGCGAAUCAACAGCAGCAUUGAGCAGCUCAAGUCUCUCCUGGCUCCAGAGUUCCUCCAACAGCAGCCAGACUCCAAGCUGGAGAAAGCAGACAUCCUGGAGAUGACCGUUUGUGUCCUCAGACGACUGCAGCAGCAGAAAAACCAGGCUGUGAGCUCUUCAGCUGUUAACAAAGGCUACUCCAUGUGUGUCCAAGAGGCAUCACACUUCCUGUCCAGGCAGCAGGUGGACAUCAUGACCCAGAGAAGACUGAUCAGCCACUUCAACAAGCUGCAGUCUUCCUCUGACAACAACCUGACAGAGGCUGACUCCUCUCCUCUCAGCUCCACGGUCCACACCAGCAUCACCAAAGAGAAGAGUCCAGUCAACAGCGCCCUCUGGAGGCCGUGGUAGAGAAGUCACUACCAGACAAACUGA